AUGAAAACUAUUUCAACUAUCCUAUUUUUAAUGUGUGUAUUUCUCACAUAUGUUUCAACUGUUCGAAUUGGUUCAUUUAAUUUACAUCAAUACGGAAGUGCAAAAGCAGCAAGUGCCACAUUGACAGGUCAUAUAGUUGAUAUUAUUAAUGAUUUUGACCUGGCUGUUAUUCAAGAAAUUACAGAUGUUACAAUACAAGCUCCAUAUGUUUUAUUUGAAGCUUUAAAUAAGAAAUCAAAAUCAAAACCAUAUUCAAUGACAUUAAGUCCACGUGUUGGACGUUCAACAUCAAAAGAACAAUAUAUAUUUUUCAAUCGUGAAUCAACAUCAGGUGUUAAACUUAUUAAUUAUUAUCUCUAUGAUGAUGUUGGAAAUCGUUUUGAACGACCACCCUUCAUCGGUACAUUUCAAGUGACUAAAAAUGGUACAUCAGACGUUAAAUAUUUUACUAUCAUGAAUCUUCAUUCAAAACCUACUGCUGCAUAUCAAGAAUUUCUUGAUAUGCGUUAUGUUAUAGAAGAUUUUAUUCUAAAAAACGCUCAAUAUUUCAAUGAAACAUCAACAUCAUUAGCCGACGCUUUAGAAGAAAAUGUAAUUAAUGCAACAAGUACUAAUAAGCCAAGUUUAAGAACAAAUCAUCCUAUUUUAAUUAUUGGUGAUUUAAAUGCAGAUUGUUCAUAUAUUUCUUUGACACGUCAACAAUCACUACGUUCUAUUAAUUAUGCUGAUUUUGUAUGGAUGAUUAAUAAUGAAGUUAAAACAAAUACACGACAAACAUGUACAUAUGAUCGUAUUCUUAUUAAUGGUGACAAGUUUGUGAGAGCUAUUGUACAAGGAAGUAAUACGACAGUAAACUUUCAACAGCGCUUUGGUAUGACAUUGGAUCAAGCACUUGAUAUUAGUGAUCAUUUUCCAGUUAAAUUUGAUAUUAACUGGUAA